CUUCCUGGCUUCACUCUCACGCGCCGAGAAAGAGAAAAGUCUUACGCCGGGACUGGACUUAAGAUUAUACUUAUGCGUUUUAUCCGCACAAAAUAAGUCUAAGAGCUAUUAGUUGUUUAUUUUUUGAAUGAUUUUUUAAAACUUUUUUUUUUAUUUCUGAAGUUUGGAGGUUUUUUUUCCCCCCGCAUCGUUACGUGAAGGAGUGUGAGUGUGCGUGCGUGUGCGUGUGCGCUGCAUGAGUGUGUGAGAGGGACCAAGGACCAGAAUGAUCGCAGCCCAGCUACUCGCCUAUUACUUCACUGAGCUGAAGGAUGAUCAGGUUAAAAAGAUUGAUAAGUACCUGUACUCCAUGCGCUUCUCUGACGAGACGCUGCUGGACAUCAUGCACCGGUUCAAGACGGAGCUGGUCGAAGGACUGGGCGGGGACACCAACGCCACCGCUUCACUGAAGAUGCUGCCGACRUUCGUGCGAUCCAUUCCUGAUGGAACAGAGAAAGGAGACUUCAUUGCGUUGGAUUUAGGAGGGAGUAACUUCAGGAUCCUUCGUGUCAAAGUGAGCCACGAGAAGAAGCAGACCGUUCAGAUGGAGAGUGAGGUCUACGACACGCCCGAUGAAAUCAUCCACGGCACCGGAACCGAACUUUUUGAUCAUGUGGCRGAGUGUCUCGGUGACUUUAUGGAAAAACACAACAUCAAAGAAAAGAAGCUUCCUGUUGGUUUCACCUUUUCCUUCCCCUGCCAGCAGACCAAGCUAAAUGAGGGUUAUUUGAUAACGUGGACGAAGCGUUUUAAAGCCAGCGGAGUUGAAGGGAUGGAUGUUGUCCAGCUGCUCGACAAAGCUAUCAAAAGAAGAGGAGACUACGAAGCUGACAUCAUGGCUGUGGUGAAUGACACGGUUGGAACUAUGAUGACCUGCGGCUUUGAUGACCAGCGCUGUGAAGUUGGCAUCAUCAUCGGCACCGGCACCAACGCCUGCUACAUGGAGGAGCUGCGCCACAUUGACCUGGUGGAGGGAGACGAGGGCAGGAUGUGCGUGAACACCGAGUGGGGGGCGUUUGGAGAUGAUGGCAGGCUGGAGGACAUCAGAACCGAGUUUGACAGAGAAAUUGACCGAGGCUCUCUCAACCCAGGAAAACAGCUGUUUGAGAAGAUGGUCAGUGGGAUGUACAUGGGCGAGUUGGUCCGUCUCAUCCUGGUGAAGAUGGCCAGAGAAGGUCUGCUCUUCGAAGGAAGGAUCACCCCUGAGCUUCUCACCAAAGGCAAAUUUGAUACCAAGCACGUGUCCGCUAUAGAGAAGAGUAAAGAGGGGUUAACCAAGGCAAACGAGAUUUUAACCAAACUUGGAGUGGAACCAUCGGCAGAUGACUGCGUCGCUGUGCAGCAUGUUUGUGCCAUCGUCUCUUUCCGCUCUGCCAGCCUGGUAGCUGCUGUCCUCGCCGGCAUCUUAAUGAGGCUGAAGGAGAACAAAGGAGCGGCGCGACUCCGAACCACCGUKGGCAUCGAUGGCUCCCUGUACAAGAUGCACCCGCAAUACGCUCGUCGUCUUCAUAAGACUGUCCGACGUUUGGUCCCAGACUGCGACGUUCGGUUCCUCCUGUCAGAGAGCGGCAGCGGGAAAGGUGCUGCCAUGGUCACUGCUGUGGCGUACAGACUCGCUGAACAGUCCCACCAAAUCGCUCAGAUUCUGUCCGAAUUCCACCUGACGAAAGAGCAGCUGCUGGAGGUAAAGAAGAGAAUGAGGRCGGAGAUGGACCGAGGCCUUUCAAAGAGCAGCCAGGACUCUGCUACUGUCAAAAUGUUGCCAACCUUUGUACGGAGCACACCUGAUGGCACAGAAAAUGGGGACUUUCUGGCUUUGGACCUGGGAGGAACCAACUUCAGGGUUCUGUUGGUGAAGAUUCGCUCUGGGAAGAGGAAAUCCGUAGAGAUGCAAAACAAGAUUUAUGCCAUUCCUCUUGAAGUGAUGCAGGGCACAGGGGAAGAGUUGUUCGAUCACAUUGUGCACUGCAUCAGUGACUUCCUGGACUACAUGGGGAUGAAGAAUGCUCGUCUUCCUCUGGGCUUCACCUUCUCCUUUCCAUGUCGGCAGACCAGCCUGGAUGCUGGUAUCUUAGUGACAUGGACCAAAGGCUUCAAGGCGACAGACUGUGAAGGAGAGGAUGUGGUGGGACUUCUGAGGGAGGCUAUUAAAAGAAGAGAGGAGUUUGACCUGGAUGUGGUGGCCAUAGUCAAUGACACCGUGGGAACCUUGAUGACAUGYGCUUACGAAGAGCCCACCUGUGAGGUCGGACUCAUUGCUGGAACUGGCAGCAACGCGUGCUACAUGGAGGAGAUGAGGAACAUUGAGAUGGUGGAGGGAGAUGAGGGCCAGAUGUGUAUCAACAUGGAGUGGGGGGCUUUUGGAGACAACGGAUGUCUCGACGACAUCAGGACGGAGUACGAUCGGGCUGUGGACGACCUCUCUCUAAAUCCGGGGAAACAAAGAUAUGAGAAAAUGUGCAGCGGCAUGUACCUCGGGGAAAUUGUGCGGAACAUCCUCAUAGACAUGACCAAGAGAGGCUUCCUGUUCAGAGGACAGAUUUCUGAAACUCUGAAGACAAGAAGCAUUUUUGAAACAAAGUUCCUCUCACAGAUAGAAAGUGACAGACUGGCUCUGCUGCAGGUCAGAGCCAUCCUGCAACACUUGGGGCUGGACAGCACCUGUGAUGACAGUAUCAUUGUAAAAGAGGUGUGUGGAACGGUGUCGCAUCGUGCUGCUCAGCUGUGUGGCGCAGGAAUGGCAGCUGUUGUGGAUAAGAUAAGAGAAAACCGAGGACUGGAGCACCUGAAUGUCACUGUGGCCGUAGAUGGAACUCUGUACAAAUUACAUCCACAUUUCUCCCAGAUCAUGCACAAGACCGUUGCUGAGCUGGCUCCUCAGUGCACCGUCAACUUCCUGCUGUCAGAGGACGGCAGCGGGAAAGGGGCUGCUCUCAUCACCGCUGUGGGCUGUCGUCUCAGAAAGCAGGAGCUCAACAGCAAAUAAUAAAAUCCGAACAUCUCCUGUCUCACUGCUCUCACCCUGUGGCUCCUAGCCGACGUCCUGCCCGUUUCCACAGAUUGCCUCAUUUUCCUCCAAAUCAAGCCACGACACUCCAGUAGCUGCUUUAGCUCCAGACCACCAGAGACAAACACUGGGAGAGAUUUCUCMGUUGUGUAGUUAGAUUAUUUUAAUUAUCCUGUAUGUAACAGCACCCAGUCUCUUUGAGGUGUUGUGGUUUUGUGACAUUUUUUUGGUUAAUCUUAUAAGUAUGAAAAAAAAAUACAAAUAUCAAGAAAAACACACACUCCUGUAACGCUCCUCUGUCGCCACCUGGUGGAAUCCUCUGGUUACUGCAGUCUUGCAACAAGARAGAGCCAGAACAUGUUUUAAACCAAAGGCUGUCUGCUGUAGAAGUCACACUGUUUGUACAGGAAAACUUAAAAAAAGGGAUUUGAAUGUGUACUGAUAUAAAAGUAAUAUUUCUUUUUUUGUGCUAAGGGUUAUAAUAUCUUACCCAGAUUUAAUGCAGUAUGUUAUACAUUAUUGUUAUUUAUUUUAUUUUUUUAUGUUGGGGGAUGUGGAUGAAUAUUACUAUUAUUGUUAGCAUGCACUCAGAAGAAGCCACUGGCAACAAUCUCUGUGAUCAGAGGAGCUGCGUCGGCAUACACUUGCUGUUUGAAGUUUUUACUGAACGUGCUAAUCUGGUUUCAUCUAUGACUGCAGUCCCUGUUUUGUUUUUAUCUGUAACAUAGUUUUGAACUGUGUUGUGCUGUUGGUACUAAUCACAGCUGUUGAGAAAUGGCUGUCUUCUCGUUCUUUAGGUUCUCACGUUCACAUCCUUCACUUUAAGAUUCUUCAUUUAUAUUUAGUUUUAAUUAAUUGAAAACAAACGGUCAUAGAGUUGGUCAUUACACACAAACACACAAAAACACACAAAAAAAUGUGAAUUUGCCAUCUUCUGUAUUGGUGUAGAGGCUGGUCCUUUUUGAUCAAAUGUAAAGUUACUGUAGAAGGAAAAUAUAUUUUCCGAGGUCAGUUAGAACAGAAUAAAUCUGGUGUGCUGGUGAAUGAUAAAUGUUUUAUCAUUUCUGUUAGAGGUUUYAACCAAAACACAGCAAACUGUCCUGACUGACUGCUUUAGUUUUUUUUACAGCGUUUUUUGACGUCCUGAACAUGUCCCUUCACCUUUCCCACAAACGUUUAGCUCACAAACAUUUCGAUCAACCAAAACUCUUACAAAUUUUGUUUCAACUUUGUUCUCAAAYCCCAGAUGUGUUUGAAAUGCUGUCAGUUUGUCACUCAAUAAAAUCCAACCUGUGUCCAUCUGA